AUGGACUACCAACCACUAAGAUCCAGAGCUUACGACAUGAAGAAGCCUCAUAUCACUGAGCUGCCGGUAACGUGGAGUAACUGGUACCAGCAUCUGGAUUGGCUGAGCAUCUACUUUAUCAUCAUCGUACCUAUCACAGGCCUCGUGGCAGCCAGUCAGACUCCGUUGCGCCUCUACACAGGAAUUUUUGCUGUUGUUUACUAUGUCAUGUGUGGCUCGGGCAUCACAGCCGGUAUGUCAAACGUCUCGGGAUGUUGUAGCCCCCACCAUGUACUGACGACCAGAAAGNGAUAUCACCGUCUCUGGGCACAUUCAUGCUACAAGGCAACCCUUCCGCUCAAAAUAUAUCUGGCUGCCGCUGGAGCCGGUGCUGCUCAGGGGAGUAUCAGAUGGUGGUCGCGAGGUCAUCGAGCUCAUCAUCGCUACACCGACACAUCGAAAGACCCCUACUCUGUGGAAAAAGGGUUCUGGUAUAGCCACAUGGGUUGGAUGGUCAUCAAGCAGAAUCCUAAGAGAAUUGGUCGAUCGGAUAUUAGUGAUCUGAACGAAGAUCCGGUUGUUGUGUGGCAGCACAAACACUACAUCAAGUCGGUUCUGACCAUGGCCCUUAUUGUCCCGACGCUCGUUUGUGGCCUGGGAUGGGGUGAUUGGUUCGGUGGAUUUGUGUAUGCUGGCAUCCUACGCACGGGAUUUAUCCAACAGGCAACCUUCUGUGUAAAUUCGCUAGCUCACUGGCUGGGCGAGCAGCCAUUUGACGAUCGGAACUCACCUCGCGACCACGUUAUCACUGCUCUUGUCACUCUCGGCGAGGGCUACCACAACUUCCACCACGAAUUUCCAUCAGACUAUCGCAACGCUAUCGAAUGGUGGCAGUAUGACCCUACGAAAUGGAUGAUCUGGACAUGGAAUAAACUCGGACUGGCUUACGAUCUCAAGCAGUUUCGACAGAAUGAGAUCGAAAAGGGCCGUCUUCAACAGCUCCAGAAGAAGGUGGAUCAGAAGCGGGCCAAACUGGAUUGGGGCAUCCCCAUCUCACAGCUUCCUGUGUUCAGCUGGGAAGCAUUCGUCGUCCAGGCAAGAAGUAACGGGCAGGCUCUCGUAGCUAUUGGAGGCGUGAUACACGAUAUCGCUCCGUUCAUUAGGGAGCAUCCUGGCGGCAAAGCACUGAUUCUGUCGGCUGUCGGCAAGGAUGCUACUUCGAUCUUCAAUGGUGGUGUUUACCAACACUCAAACGCUGCACACAAUCUGUUAUCCACUAUGCGAGUCGGAAUUGUUCAUGGCGGCGGUGAGGUGGAGAUUUGGAAGAAGACGAAAGCUGAGAAGGGAGCUGAGAAGGCCUGA